AUGAGUGAUUGCUUGCUUUUCAACAGCUGUUUAUCAUUUCUCUCGUGCUUCUUGUGCCGUUCCACAUGGCCAGCGAUUACUGAGAAAAGUCUGGGUUUUCAUUCCCUGCUCUGCUUUGCUAUGGUAGCACUUUUUCAGACCCAGUUCUCUGUGAAGUUGUGGUGGACCUGGGGCGACUCAGGUGUGGUAACACCACCCAUAACAGGGCCCUCUCCAUCCAUGGAGGCCUUGCUGAGGCGGUGCCGUCUCCCGGCGCUGGGUGCCCGCCAGCGCGGCAUCAGAGCCCGGCACGGUGGCACCCCGGGCAGGGCCAGGCGCCUGCUGCUCUCGCAGCUCUUCCAGCCGCUGGCCCUGCCCAUGGGCGGCCAGGCAGGGUCCGAGGGCCGGCCUGGGGAGCCCACCUGCCGCAGCCAGCGGCUGAUGCUGCAAGGGGGGCUCAUCCACCCCACCAGCCCCGGCUGCUACUGCUACCUGCCGCCCACCGUCCGCGCCAUGGAGAAGCUGAUCAAGGUGAUGGACGAGGAGAUGCAGGCCGUGGGCGGGCAGAAGCUGAACCUGCCCAGCCUGUGCUCGGCAGAGCUGUGGCGUGCCAGCGGCCGCUGGGACCAGAUGGGACCGGAGCUCUUCCGGCUAGUGGAUCGGCACAACCACGGCUACUGCCUGGGCCCCACGCACGAGGAGGUGGUGACGGAGCUGGUGGCCUCGCAGAGUGGCCUGUCCUACAAGCAGCUCCCACUGCGCCUCUACCAGGUCACCAGGAAGUUCCGGGACGAGCCCAAGCCCCGCUUCGGUUUGCUGCGCAGCCGGGAGUUCUACAUGAAGGACAUGUACACCUUCGACACCUGCGAGGAGGCGGCUCGGCACACCUACGAGCAGGUGUGUGACGCCUACUGCAGCCUCUUCACCCGCCUGGGCCUGCCCUUCGUCAAGGUGCAGGCGGCCACGGGCAGCAUCGGCGGCACCACGUCCCACGAGUUCCAGCUCCCGGCAGACAUCGGCGAGGACAGGCUGGUGCUGUGCCCUCAGGGACAUUUUGCGGCCAAUGUGGAGACGCUAAACGGGGAGCAAACCUCAUGCCCCACAUGCGGCGAGAAACUCACCGAGACCAAAGGGAUUGAGGUGGGGCACACGUUUUACCUGGGUACCAAGUACUCCUCCGUCGCCAACGCCGUCUUCUCCUCUGCCGAGAACAAACCCCAGCUGGCAGAAAUGGGCUGCUACGGCCUGGGCGUCACUCGCAUCCUGGCGGCCUCCAUCGAGGUGCUCUCCACUGAGGACAGCAUCCGCUGGCCGAGCCUCAUCGCACCCUUCCAGCUCUGCUUCAUUCCCCCCAAGAGGGGCAGCAAGGAGGAGGAGGAGGGAGCGGCUCUGCUGGAGCGGGUGUACGAUGACCUGGCCGAAGCACUGCCCCACCUCGCUGGUGACUCGGUGCUGGACAACCGGACCCAGCUGACCAUUGGCAAAAGGCUGAAGGACGCCAACAGGCUGGGCUAUCCGUACGUGGUUGUGGCUGGGAAGAGGGUCUGUGAGGACCCCCCGGUCUUUGAGGUUUGGAAUCAGAACACCGGCGAGGUUUUGUAUCUCACCAAGGAAGGGGUCAUUGAGUUGCUGAGUAAAGUGCAAGUCCCUUAAA